ACAACGAUGAUCUCGUUUCCACUUCAUCUCCUCUUCUUCUUCUUCUUAUGUCUCUCCUCUUUCGCAACCGCGCAACAGCCUUAUGUCGGUGUAUCGACAACCGAUUGCUCUGUUUCCGACAACUCCACCUCUGUUCUCGGCUACUCUUGUAACGGUCUCAACAAAACUUGCCAAGCCUACGUCAUUUUCCGAUCCACUCCUCCUUUCUCCACCGUCUCCUCCAUCUCUUCGCUCUUCUCCGUCAACCCAUCUCUCGUCUCCUCCCUCAAUGCCGCCUCAGCUUCAACCACCUUCCGUUCUGGUCAACAAAUCAUCAUCCCUUUAACUUGUUCUUGUUUCAAGGACAAUUCACAAGCCAAUCUCAACUAUACAAUCCAGCAAAACGAUUCGUAUUUCGUUAUUGCUAACAACACUCUUCAAGGGCUUUCGACUUGUCAAGCUUUGGAGAAACAGAACAAUGUUUCAUCUCAAUCUCUUAUUCCUGGUAUGAAGAUCGUUGUUCCAAUCCGUUGCGCUUGUCCUACGGCUAAACAGGUCAAUGAAGAUGGUUUGAAGUAUCUGAUGAGCUAUACUGUUGUUUUCGGAGACACCGUUGAGAUCAUCAGUGAUAGAUUUGGAGUUGAGACGAGUAAAACUUUAGAAGCUAACCAAAUGUCGUUUGAGAACUCUGAAGUUUUCCCUUUCACCACAAUUCUGGUUCCAUUACAGAACCCUCCUUCAGUUCCCAACUCUUCUCUCAUUCCUCCUCCUCCUCCUCCUCCUCCGCCUCAAUCGGUUUCUCCUCCAUUGUCGCCGAAUGGUGGGAAAUCGAAGAAAACAUGGGUCUCUGUUCUUGCCGGAGUUUUAGGAGGAGCAUUGAUUUUGGUUGUUAUUAGUGCCACCAUUUUCUGUUUGGUCAAAAAGAAACCGAAACCGCAAGAGGAAACGGGAAAUCUCGAUAGCUUCACGGCCAAGAAACCGCGGAUGUCCAAUCAAGAAUUCGAUCCGCUAGAUGGUUUAUCAGGGAUGGUGGUGGAAUCAUUGAAAGUUUACAAAUUUCAUGAACUACAGUCAGCGACGAGUGAUUUCACAUCGUCUAGCUCGACCGGAGAAUCAGGUUACAUCGGAAAAAUCAAUGGAGACGGCGCAAUGAUCAAGAAAAUAGAAGGAAACGCUUCUGAAGAAAUCAACUUGUUAUCGAAACUAAACCAUCUUAACAUCAUACGUCUCUCUGGAUUCUGUUUCCAUGAAGGAGACUGGUACUUAGUCUACGAACACGCUUCAAACGGAUGCUUAAGCGAUUGGAUUCACACGACGAAAUCGUUGUUAAGCUUGACUCAGAAGCUACAAAUAGGUUUAGAUAUAGCAACAGGGCUAAACUAUCUACACAACUUCGCUGAUCCUCCUUACGUUCACAGGGAUUUGAACAGCAACAAUGUGUUCCUCGACAUCGAGUUUCGAGGAAAGAUUGGUAAUUUAGGUUCAGCAAGAUCAACAACGGAGGAUUUCGUGUUGACAAAACACGUGGAAGGAACAAGAGGGUACUUAGCUCCUGAGUAUUUGGAACAUGGGUUGGUUUCAACUAAGCUUGAUGUGUAUGCUUUUGGAGUUGUGUUGUUGGAGAUUGGUACUGGUAAAGAAGCUUCUGAACUGAAGAAAGAGAUCGAUGAAGGUAACGCGAUUGAAGAGAUUUUGAGUCGUGGAAGAUUGUUACCUGAAGGAUUAGUGAGUUUUGUUGUUAAGUUGGUGGUGGAUUGUUUGAAGAAAGAUCAUAUGAGUCGUCCAUCGAUGGAUGAAGUUGUUCUGUCUUUGUCUAAGAUCUUGGCGGCUGCGCAGAAUUGGGAAGUAGAAUCAUCGUACUAAGUUUAAGGCCCAUUAUAGUUUGGGCUCAAAGACCCAUUAAAAUGAACCACAAGACCUUUUUUGUAUACAAGAAUGGUUAUGUUGUGGUGUUGAAUUUAGUCUCAAAAAAUGUUGAUUGGUUCAGGCUGUCAAUUAUUUAGUUGUGAUAGUUGUGUUUGACCAAAAAAAUAACAAAUGUGGUUGUAUGUAA